AUGCCGUUCAUUUCCGAGGGAGCAGUCUUUCGAGAAGUAUCUCACGCCUGAGUGAGAAACUAAACAACCAAUAUCGAUUAAACUGAUUCCAAAAAAUAAUUAUUUCCGGAACAGAAUUUGUUAAAAACGAGAAAUAGACAAUAUUUGGAAUUUUUAUAUUCAUUUUUAUAUUCAAUCUUCCUGGGAUUUACAACUAGAUUGUACAUCCAGUGGUCUCAACCGAUUUUCGAAAUGAGUAUCGUGACUCAAGACCAUGUAUUUUUGUCCGCUUUGCAGCCCAAGACCGCCGUCAGCACUUACGCGGUCCCGUCCGAGAUCCAGCUCGGGGGGAAUGGGGUCACCCUGUCGGAUGAGAUGACCCGGGGAAAGCGGGUCCAGCAGCAGGUUGCUAUGCGGCUCGCCGAGAAAUCAUCGACUCUUCCGCGACAGAACGGCUCAACCGCCCACUAUUCCUCCUCAGAACACGGCGGUUCUUCAACAAUGAAGUACCAGACCUUCAACCCAGGGUUCAGCUCCAAGUCCUACGUCUACACAGGCUCCAGACCUGUCAUGGCACCCAAUAUGUCUCACUACUCAGGCGGUUUCUCCUCCCACUCGGCGGUGGACCUCGGAGGUGGUCAGAGGGUCACCAUGGGAGGUGGAGGAAGAGGAGGAGGUGGUGGAAGAGGAGGAGGUGGAGGGUACAAGUACCAUGAUGACAUGCGCACAGGAGGGGGUUCCCUAGGAGGAGGGGGCUACCAGGGGGGAGGGGUCUACCGAGGAGGAGGCGGGGGCAACAUGAGGGGCCAACAGAUGUCCACUGGGAUCCGGACUCUGAGCCGUGUCCCUGGGCCCGACCCAGAGACCUCUCUGCGCACCAUGAGGCUCCAGAACCUGCCUGCACAGCCGUCUCCGGUGGCAGCCUGGGUGGCUGCGGAUGUCAGCGAUGGUGGCAGCCUGGCCUCAGACCGCGAUGCCACCUUCAGCCGCCAGCAGUCUGUCUACAGCACUGUUAGCGCAGGAGCCUACAGUCCAGGGACACAAAUGAGACAGGCAGGAGGAGGAGGAAUAGGAGGAGUGGGAUCUAUUGUACCCAUGAGGCGCUCACUCAGCGGGACACUAGCCCAGAGCGGAGGAGGGGAGAUGAUGGGAGGAGAGGAGAUGAUGUCGGUCCAACAGCAGCAUUCCUUUAAAGGACCGGCGUUCCGCACCAUCAGCAGGAUCAACAACAGGAACAACAGGAUGUCCAUGGGAUCCAUGUCUGGGGCGUCUACCUUCCCCCCCGGGGGGAACAGCAGCGUUAGUGGGAGGGACGGAGGAGGUGGGUUCGUGAUGGGCCAGGUGUCGUCGGGGUCUCAGGGGAACAUGAUGAUGCAGCAACAGAGACAGGCCUCUCUUCCCAGGACCAUGUCUGUCAAGAGCAUGCACAGUGUUGGGAAGGGCAUGGAUAUCUACGACGGACAGAUGGACAUGACCGGCAGCAUGGGGAAUCUCAGCGGGAUUAAUAACUUGGACAUGCUCACGGCGGUGAGGUACCUGAAAGAUGACGAUGCUGAAAUGCAGGUUCUGGGAGCAGCUUAUAUCCAACACGAAUGUUACAACAACAACGAUGCCAAGAACGAGGUGCGGCAAUAUAAGGCCAUCCCAGAGCUGGUGAGGCUGUUCAACAGUGAGAACCCGGAGGUGGCUCGCUACGCCACAGGGGCUAUGAGGAACGUCAUCUAUGAGAACAUGGACAACAAGAUGUCCCUCAUCGAGGAGGGAGGAAUUCCUCAGCUCAUCAAUGCUCUGAAGGAGAAUGAUGAUGAGCUACGCAAGAACAUCACAGGUAUUCUGUGGAACCUGUCAUCCAAAGACAACCUGAAGGAGAAACUAGCCAAGGAGACGCUAGGUGAGCUCACAGAGAGGAUCCUGAUCCCGCUCUCAGGAGGUGGAGACUCUGAGGUCAUCCAGCAGAGCCCCUCUGAGGUUGACAUCUUCUGCAACACCACCGGAUGUCUCAGGAACCUGAGCUCAGUGAAUGAGAAGACCAGACGGCAGAUGCGGGAGACCAACGGUCUGGUGGAUGCCCUGGUAGGAUACAUCCAGGCCUCGGUACAGGAUGGCAAGGUGGAGGAAAAGGGUGUGGAGAACGCUUUAUGUGUCCUGAGGAACCUCUCCUACCAACUGUACAGUGAGAUCCCGCCCUCAGCCCUGCUACGUCUGGAAGGACCAACCAGAGGCCAGGAAACCAGCAGGAGCGAAGCCAUUGGUUGCUUUACCCCUCAGAGCAAGAAAGUCAAAGAUAGGAAGAACCAGGACAUGUCUACGUUCACGGAGGUGGCCCGCGUACCCAAGGGUCUGGAGUGGCUGUGGCACCCCCAGGUAGUGGGGCUGUAUAACAGCGUGCUGCAGGGCUGUGAGACCAACUCCACCACCCGCGAGGCUGCAGCCGGGGCUCUGCAGAACAUCACCGCAGGAGACAAGAGGUGGGCGGAGGUGCUGAGUCAUGUGGCUCUGGAGCAGGAGAGGAUGCUUCCUGUGAUGUUGGACAAACUGAGGACCGAUAAUGACCUGGAGCUGAGAUCCCUCACAGGCUUCCUUAGAAACCUGUCACGCCAUGCCAAGGACAAGAACGCCAUGGCCACAAAGGUAGUGAACAACCUGGUGACCGAACUGCCUGCUGACGGUCAGCAGAAGGAGCCGUCCAGCGAUGUGGUGGUCAACAUCUGUGGAACGUUGAACAACUUGGUGACAUCCAGCUCCAUCGCAGCCCGGGACAUCGCCUUCUUCGACGGGCUGCAGAAACUAGUGGCCAUUAAGAACUCCCAUGACAGCAGUCCUGGGAAGCUGAAAGCAUCCAAAGCAGCAGCAACAGUCCUCUGCAACAUGUUCCAAUACAAGAAGCUGCACAAGGACUACAAACAGAAAGGAUUCACACGACCUGACUUUGCAGACGUGACCAUCUAAAAAGGAACAGAUGCAAUGUCUCUCUCUCUCUCUUUCUGUCAAGUGGCUGGAAACACGUGUGAACACUUCAGUGAUCAAGGACCGUCUGUAAAACUGAGAACAGCACCUUGGGCUUCUUCCUACUUACGCACACAUGGAGUUAGAUGGACUACACUACAGAGUUAGAUGGACUACACUAUAGAGUUAGAUGGACUACACUACAGAGUUAGAUGGACUACACUAUAGAGUUAGAUGGACUACACUACAGAGUUAGAUGGACUACACUACAGAGUUAGCUGGACUACACUACAGAGUUAGAUGGACUACACUACAGAGUUAGAUGGACUACACUACAGAGUUAGAUGGACUACACUACAGAGUUAGAUGGACUACACUACAGAGUUAGCUGGACUACACUACAGAGUUAGAUGGACUACACUAUAGAGUUAGAUGGACUACACUACAGAGUUAGAUGGACUACACUACAGAGUUAGAUGGACUACACUACAGAGUUAGAUGGACUACACUACAGAGUUAGAUGGACUACACUACAGAGUUAGAUGGACUACACUACAGAGUUAGCUGGACUACACUACAGAGUUAGAUGGACUACACUACAGAGUUAGAUGGACUACACUACAGAGUUAGAUGGACUACACUACAGAGUUAGAUGGACUACACUACAGAGUUAGAUGGACUACACUACAGAGUUAGAUGGACUACACUACAGAGUUAGAUGGACUACACUACAGAGUUAGAUGGACUACACUACAGAGUUAGAUGGACUACACUACAGAGUUAGAUGGACUACACUACAGAGUUAGAUGGACUACACUACAGAGUUAGAUGGACUACACUACAGAGUUAGCUGGACUUUAAAGAAAGUGACAAUAAAGAUGGAACCUGUAUAGGGACGACCUUGAUGUUGUUCUAUGAUGAAAACGGACCCUCACUUUCCCCCUGUUUUUAAUGCCGUAUGUAUUCAAUGCUGUAUGUUUGAAUGUUUUAUGUUGAAUGCUGUAUGGACUUUAUGGUGGAUUCAGGGACUUUUUUGUUUUCGUCAAUGCAACAAAUCAUACUGCUGUAACCAAUAAUGCUAUAUGGCUCUUACAGUUUCUCCCUGCCCCACCCAGAGAUGGUUUGGCAUCAAUCCCAAAGACUACUGUGCUCCGUCAUGUUAACCUGGUCCCAGAUCUGUUUUGUGCUGUAUAGCCAACUCCUAUGGUCAUUGUUACAAGACGGCACACAACUGAUCUGGGACCAGGCUAAUAUUUUGUAGCUCUAACGCAAACACUGACUUAGUACCAAAGGAGCUUGUUACAGCCCCCACCCAUUGGCUAUCUACAGAUAGCAUCUACUGUAAAGGGAUGGCUUGCUCUGUGGAAUGAAACUAUUCUCUUUUAUACGGGGCUUUUACUAAGUGGUUGAAUUAUUGAUGUUGUUCAUUGUGUUUUUGUUUUUCAGUUGCCUGGGGGUUUAUUUCUCAGACAAAACCAGUAAUACUGAUAAUUAUAAUGAGUCAUAAACUACAGUAUCACUGAGAGUUAUAAUGAGUUAUAAACCAGAAUAUCACUGAGAGUUAUAAUGAGUUAUAAACUACAGUAUCACUGAGAGUUAUAAUGAGUUAUAAACCAGAAUAUCACAGAGUUAUAAACCAGAAUAUCACUGAGAGUUAUAAUGAGUUAUAAACCAGAAUAUCACUGAGAGUUAUAAUGAGUUAUAAACUACAGUAUCACUGAGAGUUAUAAUGAGUUAUAAACCAGAAUAUCACAGAGUUAUAAACCAGAAUAUCACUGAGAGUUAUAAUGAGUUAUAAACCAGAAUAUCACUGAGAGUUAUAAUGAGUUAUAAACCAGAAUAUCACAGAGUUAUAAACCAGAAUAUCACUGAGAGUUAUAAUGAGUUAUAAACUACAGUAUCACUGAGAGUUAUAAUGAGUUAUAAACCAGAAUAUCACUGAGAGUUAUAAUGAGUUAUAAACCAGAAUAUCACUGAGAGUUAUAAUGAGUUAUAAACCAGAAUAUCACUGAGAGUUAUAAUGAGUUAUAAACCAGAAUAUCACUGAGAGUUAUAAUGAGUUAUAAACCAGAAUAUCACAGAGUUAUAAACCAGAAUAUCACUGAGAGUUAUAAUGAGUUAUAAACCAGAAUAUCACUGAGAGUUAUAAUGAGUUAUAAACCAGAAUAUCACAGAGUUAUAAUGAGUUAUAAACCAGAGUAUCACAGAGUUAUAAUGAGUUAUAAACCAGAAUAUCACUGAGAGUUAUAAUGAGUUAUAAACCAGAAUAUCACAGAGUUAUAAUGAGUUAUAAACCAGAAUAUCACAGAGAGUUAUAAUGAGUUAUAAACCAGAAUAUCACAGAGAGUUAUAAUGAGUUAUAAACCAGAAUAUCACAGAGUUAUAAACCAGAGUAUCACUGAGAGUUAAUAUGAGUUAUAAACCAGAAUAUCACUGAGAGUUAUAAUGAGUUAUAAACCAGAAUAUCACAGAGUUAUAAUGAGUUAUAAACCAGAAUAUCACAGAGAGUUAUAAUGAGUUAUAAACCAGAAUAUCACUGAGAGUUAUAAUGAGUCAUAAACCAGAAUAUCACUGAGAGUUAUAAUGAGUUAUAAACCAGAAUAUCACAGAGAGUUAUAAUGAGUUAUAAACCAGAAUAUCACUGAGAGUUGUAAUGAGUUAUAAACCAGAAUAUCACAGAGUUAUGAGUUAUAAACCAGAAUAUCACAGAGUUAUAAUGAGUUAUAAACCAGAAUAUCACAGAGUUAUAAACCAGAGUAUCACUGAGAGUUAUAAUGAGUUAUAAACCAGAAUAUCACAGAGAGUUAUAAUGAGUCAUAAAUUAGAACUGAAUGAACGUUUUUAUGAAUGUGUGGAUAAAACGGAGCUACUGACACCUGCGUGAAUGUCCUGAAAUUAUAAUUCAGCUUUACAGAAACUUUAUGAAGUACCUUACAUGUUGAAUAUAGAUUUAUAUAGCAAAAAGAUCCUUUCUUGUUUUCAACAACGUUAGUUUUACAAGUUAAGCGGAUUUGUCAUAUCAAACUCAUGUCAAUGCAAUGUUUUAAGUUGAUCACUUGCCAUAACAUACUGUUUGUUUUAAUGUCUGGGGUGUUUUCUGGAUUAAGUCAACCAACAUAGUCCAACAUUUAUGUUUUCAAGGCUUUUUGGGCAGUGGGGGGGAAGCAUGCAUUCGUUGUUACUCUCUUUAAGAGAAUGCUGCAAUAUUGGAUUUGUAUCUUAAGCAUAAUGUAAAUAUAAAAACGUUUUGUAAACAGAGCAUACAAGUGCAUUGGGGUCCCAAGUUAUUGACAUCCUUGAUAAAGAUGAGUAAAACUAACUGUAUAAAAGACAUAAUUCAAAUAUACGGAGCUAUUAUUUUAUACUAUACUAAUACAACACCACUGGUAGGCGUGGCCAAAGAGCUCGGGUUGUUCAUGUCAUCUGACCAAAACACUGGUUCCAAUCCAUGUGCCAAUGCAGUUUAUCCAACUCCAGGAAAUUACAUUUGUUGGAUAACACGGAAAUAGAGCUCUUUGGCCAGGCACACCAUUGGCCAGGCGCACCAUUGGCCAGGCACACCAUUGGCCAGGCACACCAUAUAUAUAUAUAUGCUUUGGCAUCUAAAUGAAAAUGCAUGAGCAGAAAAGAUCCCCAUACCUACUGUAAAAUAUGGUGGUGGAGCUUUGAUGUUAUGGCGAUAUUUUCCUUUCACUGGUUCUUGUUAAAAAUCACAAUUUUGCAAUGUCCAUCUCAGUUUCCGGACUUGAAACACAUUGAAAACCAUUUUUUAUUUUUUACAUGUUUUAUUUUUUAUUUCACCUUUAUUUAACCAGGUAGGCCAGUUAAUAAGAACAAAUUAUCAUGUAUAACUGCAACCUGGCCAAGAUAAAGCAAAGCAGUGCGACACAAACAACAACACUGAGUUACACAUGGAAUAAACAAACGUACAGUCAAUAACACAAUAGAAAAAAAGAAAGUCUAUAUACAGUGUGUGCAAAUGGUGUGAGGAGGUAAGGCAAUAAAUAGGCCAUAGUAGCGAAGUAAUUACAAUUUAGCAAAUUAACACUGGAGUGACAGAUGAGCAGAUGAUGAUGUGCAAGUUUGAAUUGAAGAGGGUAGUCCGUAAGAACAGACAAAGGAUAUCAAGGAUCUGGAUAGAUUCUGUAUGGAGGAAUGAUCUAAAGAUCCCUUCCAAUGUGUUCUCCAAUUUCAUCAAAUAUUUUAGAGAAAAGCUCAGUGCUGUUAUCCUCGCAAGGUGAGGUGUUGAAAGGUGUUGAAAACGGGUGUCAAUAAUUGUUUUAUUACUUGUUAACAAAAUCUGUUUGUCUGAGCAAUUGUAGUAGGAUACAUUAAUAUAAUUUCCCAAUUUUUUUGGAUCAUACAAUAUAGUAUUUAAAAAAAAAAUGUAAUUCUUUUAUAUUUUCAUUUUUGCUAAUCUUUAUCAAGGGUGUCACUAAUUGUGGACCGCACUGUAUUUAAAUAAGACCUUUCUCCUUAAAGGUGUUGUUCAAGUCUAUUUUUGGUAUUGAUAUAUAUAUAUAUAUAUUCAAUGGGUAAAUAUAAAGCAGAUUUAUAUAUUUUAACUCUAUUUUCUUAGUAAAGUAUGUUCAGAUGAAUAUUGGUAUUAGAAUAACAUGAAUGUUUUGAAAAAUAUAUUUCACGCGUCAACGUCUGAUCUGCUGUGUCCAUAAUUGGACCAUGAGACUACUCUUAACUCUAUCUAAAACAUAUAUUUUUUAUUUUUACAUCGUGCUUUUUAACUGUUCACUGCAAAUGUGUGUCAAACAAACAGCAUAUUUUAUAACUAAUAAAGACAAAGUCAUUAAAUGGG